AUGUCUCUUCUUUCCUACAGGUUAAAGGUUGUACAAAACCGAAAAGAAGCAUCAAUUCUAUUCACUUGUUAUUGGACUUGAAUCUCCUUUGACCUUGGAAACCGAAGAUGCGGUUGCCAUGGGAACUGCUGGUACUGCAGUCGUUCAUGUUGUGCCUGGCAGAUGACCAUACAAUGCAUGGCCCUGUUUUUGUUCAAGAGCCAAGUCAUGUAAUGUUCCCACUGGAUUCUGAGGAGAAAAAAGUGAAGCUCAGCUGUGAAGUUAGAGGAGACCCAAAACCACACAUCAGGUGGAAGUUAAACGGAACAGAUGUUGACAUUGGUAUGGAUUUCCGCUACAGUGUUGUUGAAGGCAGCUUGUUGAUCAAUAACCCCAAUAAAACCCAAGAUGCUGGAACGUACCAGUGCAGAGCGACCAACUCCUUCGGAACCAUUGUGAGCAGGGAAGCCGAGCUUCGGUUUGCUUACCUAGAGAACUUUAAAACAAGAACUCGAAGCACCGUGUCCGUCCGUCAGGGCCAGGGAAUGGUGCUCCUGUGCGGCCCCCCACCCCACGCUGGAGAGCUGAGCUAUGCCUGGAUCUUCAACGAGUACCCUUGCUAUCAGGACAAGCGACGCUUCAUUUCUCAAGAGACUGGGAAUCUGUAUAUAGCCAAAGUAGAAAGAUCAGAUGUAGGCAAUUACACCUGUGUGGUUACCAAUACCGUAACCAAUCACAAGGUUCUGGGACCACCCACACCAUUGAUAUUGAGAAAUGAUGGGGUGAUGGGCGAAUAUGAGCCGAAAAUAGAAGUGCAGUUCCCUGAGACGGUGCCCACUGCCAGAGGAUCCACGGCGAAGCUGGAAUGUUUUGCCCUGGGGAAUCCAGUACCAACCAUUUAUUGGAGAAGAGCUGAUGGAAAGCCCAUCGCAACGAAAGCGAGAAGACACAAGUCAAACGCCACUCUGGAGAUCCCCAAUUUCCAGCAGGAGGAUGCUGGGGUCUAUGAGUGUGUGGCCGAGAACUCAAGAGGGAAAAAUGUAGCAAAGGGACAGCUGACAUUUUAUGCUCAACCAAAUUGGGUUCAAAAAAUAAAUGAUAUCCACGUGGCCAUUGAAGAAAACGUCUCCUGGGAAUGCAGAGCAAAUGGAAAACCCAAGCCUACGUACAGAUGGCUGAAAAAUGGGGAACCUCUGUUAACGCGGGAUAGAAUUCAAAUUGACCAAGGAACCCUGCACAUUCCCGUUGUGGGCCUCUCGGACGUCGGCAUGUAUCAGUGCGUGGCGGAGAACAGACAUGGAGCGAUCUACUCCAGUGCAGAGCUUAACGUUGUGGCUGUAGGUCCAGAUUUUUCAAGAACCUUCUUGAAAAGAGUAACACUUGUCAAAGUGGGAGGUGAAGUUGUCAUUGAGUGUAAACCGAAAGCUUCUCCCAAGCCCGUCUAUGCCUGGAAGAAGGGAAAAGGCACAGUAAGAGAAAACGAAAGAAUUCUCAUUUCUGAAGAUGGAAGCCUCAGAAUCCUCAACGUAACCAAGGCAGAUGCCGGGAGUUACACCUGCAUAGCCAGCAACCAUUUCGGAACUGCCAGUAGUACUGGGAACUUGGUGGUGAAAGAUCCAACUAGGGUAAUGGUACCCCCUUCCAGUAUGGAUGUCACUGUUGGAGAGAGUAUUGUUCUUCCCUGCCAGGUGACACAUGAUAACUCACUGGACAUCGUGUUCACCUGGACAUUUAAUGGACAUCUGAUAGACUUCGACAAAGAUGGUGACCAUUUUGAAAGAGUUGGAGGGCAGGAUUCAGCUGGUGACUUGAUGAUUCGAAACAUCCAGCUAAAGCAUGCUGGGAAAUAUGUGUGCCUGGUCCAGACAAGUGUGGACGAGCUCACGGCUGCUGCAGACCUGAUUGUGAGAGGUCCCCCGGGUCCCCCAGAGGCUGUGACCAUUGAUGAGAUCACAGACACAACAGCUCAGCUCUCCUGGCGCCCGGGGCCCGACAACCACAGCCCCAUCACCAUGUACGUCAUUCAGGCCAGGACUCCGUUCUCCGUGGGCUGGCAGGCAGUCAGCACAGUCCCUGAGCUCAUCGAUGGGAAGACCUUCACAGCCACCGUGGUGGGCCUGAACCCCUGGGUGGAAUACGAGUUCCGCACAGUUGCAGCCAAUGUGAUUGGGAUCGGGGAGCCCAGCAGACCCUCCGAGAAGCACAGGACCGAAGAGGCUCUCCCCGAAGUCACCCCAGCCAACGUCAGCGGAGGUGGUGGCAGCAAGUCUGAACUGGUCAUCACCUGGGAGACGGUCCCUGAGGAGCUGCAGAACGGGGGAGGUUUUGGUUAUGUGGUGGCCUUCCGGCCGUACGGGAAGAAGAGCUGGAUGAAGACAGUGAUGGCCUCGGCUGACGCCUCCAGAUACGUGUUCCGGAACGAGAGUCUGGCCCCCUUCUCUCCCUUCGAGGUCAAGGUGGGGGUCUUCAACAACAAAGGAGAAGGGCUGUUCAGUCCCAUCACGACUGUGUACUCCGCCGAGGAAGAACCCACCAAACCACCGCCCAGCAUCUUUGCCAGAAGCCUUUCGGCGACAGACAUAGAGGUUUUCUGGGCGUCACCAGUGGAGAAGAACAUAGGGCGGAUACAGGGCUAUGAGGUUAAAUACUGGAGACAUGAUGAUAAGGAAGAGAAUGCUAGAAAAAUCCGAACAGUUGGAAAUCACACCUCAACAAAAAUCACCAACUUAAAAGGCAGCGUGCUGUACCAUUUAGCCGUCAAAGCAUACAAUUCGGCAGGGACAGGGCCCUCCAGUGCAACCGUCAACGUGACCACCAGGAAGCCGCCACCAAGUCAACCCCCCGGAAACAUCAUAUGGAAUUCAUCCGACUCCAAAAUUAUCCUGAAUUGGGAUCAAGUGAAAGCCUUGGACAAUGAGUCAGAAGUAAAAGGAUACAAAGUCUUCUACAGAUGGAGCCGACAAAGCAGCGCAUCUGUCAUUGAAACAAAUAAGACAUCAGUGGAGCUCUCCCUGCCUUUCGAUGAAGAUUACAUCAUAGAAAUCAAGCCAUUCAGCGACGGAGGAGACGGCAGCAGCAGUGAACAGAUCCGAAUUCCAAAGAUAUCAAAUGCCUACGCCCGAGGUUCGGGGGCUUCCACUUCCAACGCGUGCACACUGUCAGCCAUCAGCACCAUAAUGCUCUCUCUCACGGCGAGGUCCAGCUUAUGACAAAAGUUAUCUGAAGGACUUGCUGUUUAUAAUAUAAGCAACAUUUAGCUAGUUGUUUUGAAGACACCCAGUACUAAGUAAUAUUGUUGUUAAAGUACAUCUUAUUACUGGAAAAAAAAAUGGUUUUUGCUUCUUUAGGAAUGGCAUUCUCCAGAACUUCCUCAGAGCAAAUCUAGCUUUGUCUGAAGUUUCUUUGGAAACUCUGCAGUGCACUGAAAACAUCUGUAAUAUGAUGUUACCAAAGCAGUUUACAUAUGUCCUUAUAUGCAUAUUUUUUAUUAUAUAUUUAGUGUUUUAUAGAAUUUUUUAAAGUUAACAUAUAAUGUAGAUAUUAAUUUUUUUCCUCUGCUGUAAAGUGCUAUGGGCAACACGAUCAUACAAGUUUUAUUUGAAAAGAUUUCCUUUCAAGACAGAAUUUGAAGCUUAUCUUGGUUAAUAAAUUACAAAAUUAGGUGUACAGUUUGCCACGGCUCCAGCAGCAAACAGCUAAGGACUUGGGCUGUAACCCGGGGCUGCUGGAUUGGACGCUCCUUGGAUGGUCAAAGCAUUGACUUAAGUCUUGUCGAUAUGUGAUGUUUCUUUCUUCACUCCAUUGUGAAUUCCAUUGUUCAGCCCAAUUUGAGAUGGUUUCGGAAAUUGCCGUACUCUCACAAUCUCCACAUACUGCCCAAGAGGUACCUCGUGCAAUACUCCCCUCCCUGAACUUAGCAUCGUGGAGUAGGCUGUUCUUUUCCUUCAGGUGAGCUGACGUUGUCUUUGUAGCAUUAUCUCAAAUGUUCAGUUUGAAGUUACGUAUACCCUGUAGUAACAUAGGCCAAAAGUUACAAUAGUCAGCCAAGUCUUUCAAAGGCUAAAAGAUCAUGUUACUAUCUUAAAAUGUAUGUUUGCCAUGUACAUUUUAAAAGGAAAAGUAAUUCUCUGUUGAUGGAUUCGUAGUUUCUUUACAGACUUUCUUAUAUAUAAUGUGUAUAUCUCUUUAUUAAUAGAGCCCGUCUUUUGAAACAAAAUCACGUAUCGAGUUUGACAGAUUUCUCCUAUUUCAGCAAAUAGUUGCAGCAAUGAAUUUUUUCAUAUGACUCUAUAAAAGAUCUUUAGUACAAUUGUAUGGUAUCUUGACAAUUCUCCUGUUUUUGCAAUAGGUAGUCUAGCGGCUUUAUAAGCUCUACCUUCUGUGUCUUAACAAAUCACACACUGGAAAAUGACUAUAUCAACAAAAUCAUAUUCUUGUGAAGAGAACUAUUUGUUACGAUGGGGGAGGUUUUGUAAGCUGACACUGGUGGAAUAGUGAAUAUAUAAGGCUAUGAAAUUUUCUAUAAAAAAUUUUCACAUGUAAACAUGCUGCCACCUUUUAUUCUUUCUCCAGGAGCUCAAAUUUUCCUCUGAUUUGUCACUUUUGCUUACCAAUAAUAGAAGUAAACUUUCAACUUUCUAGCUAUAUUUAUUCGAUAAAUUCAUAAUCAGGAUUCCACUUGUGUGAAAAUUAGGAUGUUAGCCAGAAGAAAAAUUGUCAGUAUUUCAAGGUGUGUUCCUUUCUUAGUUUGGUAUGGUUAUUUCUAUGUUAAAAUAAAAUUUAAAACCACACUUUAAAAAAAAUCAACAAAAUGAUAAAAUGAAUGAAAAAAAUGCCACCCCAGGUCGUCCCCCUUCCCGGUGUAAAUGCCACUCCUGGGCCAGUGCUCUCCCAGCUGUAAUCCUUUUUUAAAGGUCUUGUUAAUAAAUAUUCUGUCAUUUGUAAAGA